UACUAACUCACAGUUUGUAGUAAUUAGUCAACAACCAUUUAUGGAAACAUAUAUAUAUAUGAUAAAUAAUCAAAAUGUCAAACUAUUCUUCACCUCAAGUACUUUCACCAUUCCAGUUCGAUUCCUCAGAACGCAUUAUGAUACUCAGGAAUACUAUAUAUGAGAUGAAGAAGAACACUCUUUCCAGUAUUGACAGAAGCGAUCUCAAAUUAUGGAAAGUCAAUAUUCCUUUCGACUGUGAAAAUGAUAAGCUGAAGAUGCUUGAUAACGCGUUUGGUACAAUUAACAUUGAAAAAGAUCUUAAAGGAGAGAAAAUGUUACCAGGAGACGAAAUUUCAAAAUAUUUAAAAAACUUAUCAACAUCCUCAAUCCACAUCCUCGUGCAAUUGCCUCAGCCCACCACCACUGAAAUUCGCGUUAUCUCACAUCUUAUAUUUUUUAUUCAAUCAGAAAAAGGAAAGCGAUCGCGGAUAGAUUUGGAUGAAGGUCAAAAUAGUAAAAGAGCAAAAUUUGCAGAUUUAAAUAUAAUUUCUACUGCCCAUAAAAUCAUGGAAGGCAUAAUGAAACUUGAUGAGAAUGAAUCUACUUACUCAAAUCCUAAAAAUUUCCUCUCAUUACCAUAUCCAUACAUUGGCGAAAAAUUACCAAUAGAUAGAUUCGCUAUUGACAAUAAUCGUUAUUUCAACUUUAUGGGACGAAAGGAAUUCAGAAACAUUUUAGAAACCAUAAACAAACUUCGAUCUGGUACUGGAUAUAUGAAAUUAUUUGUUUAUGGUACUGUCGGAUAUGGCAAGUCACAUAUUCUUUCAGCAAUUGCAUGCUUCCUUUUCCGAACAGGAAGACGUGUUGUAUUUCUUCCCGAUUGUCGCCAACUGGCAGUAGACCCAGUAGAUUAUACCAAGUCUGCCUUAUUUCUUGCCUAUCAUGAUGAUGAUGCAAAAAUAAAUGAAAUUAAUUCCUGUGAAAAUUUUGAAAAUAUCGUAGAUUUUUGUAAAAAAUUACAAUUCAAAGAAAAGUUAUAUUUUAUUGUCGAUCAAAUGAAUGCUUUAGAUGAACUUGAUAAUACUGGGUUUAGCUUAAAAAUUAAACAACAAAUUAAUAAAAUGAGCAAUUACCAUUAUUAUAUAAUGAGUUUUUCAGCUAACAAUAAGACAAUACUACAUUAUCUUAUGCAAAAGCAAACUGGUGAAUUGAAGAUCAAGCUUUAUGGAGGGUUUAAUGAGGAAGAGAUGGAAGAAUGGUGGAAAAAGUAUAGUUUGCCAGCAAUGAAUGAUCAGGAGAAGGAACAAAUCAAAGACAUCACAGGCAAAAUUCCACUAUUCUUAAACUUUUUGCUAGAAUAUAGUCACGAGAAUUUUGAAGGUGCAUUUGCAUAUCUAAAACAAAAAUUAAAGUCAAUAAUACAAAAGCCGAUGAUAGAAUAUUCGGAAAAUCUAUUAGGCAAUAAACAUACAUGGGAUCGUCAUGUUGGAUUAAUGUCGUCAUUCAUUACAAAUACACAUCCUAAACUGGGCUAUAGAGAUGAUGAUUAUGAUCAUCGUUACUUUUACAUCAAAGAUGACGAUAUCUGUUAUUAUGUCUGUGGUCUUGUACGAGGUUCCAUGGUUGAAUAUCUCUUUGAAAAAAGAGAAAUGGAAAUAUUCACAGAUAUAAAAUGGAUCAGUUGCAUGGCAGAUUUCAAAAACAACCCAUCAGUUAAGGGAUCUUUUGUUGAAAAGGCGUGUAUUGCUAGUAUUUUUAGGAAUGGAUUAAUGGCGAACCGUGUAAAUUUUAAGCCUGGUGGUAUGGAAUUUUUUUAUAACGAAAAAAAAAUUAAGUUUUCUUCGAAUGAAGAGAAAUGUAUGUUUUACUUACCAUGCUGUUGGAACCAAGAGGCCAUCGAUGGAUUACUGAUCUUGCAAACAAAGGAUAAAUUGUACGUUGCCCCAGUACAGAUUACUCUUAAUAAGGAUAACCAUUCAGAUUCUGAGAGAAAGUUUUUCUCCAGUAUCUGGCCAAAUUUAAAACCAAACUUAUCAAAUUUUGAGGAUAAGUUGGAAAUAAUGUUCAUAUGGAUUACACACAGAAGUGAGACAGAUGAAUCAGUAGAAUGUAUAACUAAAGAAACGCGAAAUAAAAAUCAUGAAAUUAAUCCCAAUUAUACUCGGGUAGUAAUUGGAUUUGGGAAUGUCAACAGUGAUAUUAAUAGAUAUUUACCUAAGAUUAUAAUCACAAACAAUAACCAUAUCCAGUCUCAAAUCGUUAAAAUUGAGGAAACAAAUCACGAAUCUGAUAAAGAGACUAAAGAACAAAAAAGCGCUCAAAGGAGAAGGGGAAGGCCCAAAAAAAGUUUGUAAAUGUAAAAUGAAAUAUGGACGAAGGGAAGGGAAUCAAAAAGGACAUAGAUAAAUAUUCUGGAAACAAUAUAUACAUAAUAGAAUAACUAAAGAUAAUAAAAGUUUUAUUUCACGUUGAAAAAAUCUUUAAUUUUUUUCAUUGUUUAUGAUAAGCUAAAAAAACAAAUGUAAUAAAACAAACGAAGUAGCGAGUUUAAAGGGAGGAGCCCUAACCCAUAAAAUGAGAGUUCCUUCCCGCUAUUCUAAUGCCAAUUUUUCGCCUAAUUUACUAUGCUUUUAUAA